AUGAUUACAAAAUUUGAACAAUUAUCAAAUGAAUUAAUAUUAAUUUGUUUUUCAUAUUUCGAUUUCUAUGAAUUAUAUGAUCUAUUCUUUAGUUUAAAUCAACGUUUUAAUCAAUUAAUUCAAUAUCAAAUAAAAAUACACAUUAAUUUAUCUUCAAUUCCAUCUAGAAAAUUUUUUACAUUUUUUUUUCACUUAAAUCGAUUCAUGACAACAACUCAAAACUAUCCAUUAUCAAUUAUAGCUAAUGAUAAAUGCGAACUUAAUUUAAUAUUACAAGAUGAUUUGUUUAAAGAAAAAUUUUCUAAGUUAAAAUCAUUAACAUUAACAAAUAUAGAUGUUAAAGCUAUCUAUUCUAUAAUAUUUGAAAAAAAAGUAGAAUUAUAUAAUAGUUUAGAACGAUUAACCUUACUAGAAAUGGAUCGUACAGCAGAUGGUGGAGGAUUUGCAAUAGAAAAUUUAUGUGAUAGUUUAAUAUCAUCAGAAAUGAAAAUGUUAAAAUAUUUGAAAUUAAAUUUUCAAAGAUUUUGGUGCAGAUGUCGACGUUGUUCGUUCGAUCAUGACCAUAUUACUUAUUUAUAUUUUAAUGUAUUAACAGAUAGAGAAGAAAAACCAUUAAGUUCUUUAGAGACAAUUAUUAUUGGAAAUAUUUCUGAUGAUGAUUAUUGCUAUUCCAAUACAACAGUAUGCUUUUAUUCAUUGAUUACAGAUUUAUUACCAUGUCUAUCAAAAUUAAAAAAAUUAAUUAUUAAUUCGAUUCAUUUCGAAGAUUAUGACUAUAAACAAAAUCACAAAGAAUUAUCGAUCACAGCAGCGACGACAAUUUUACCAUUAAAUUUAAAAGUAAUUAAAAUCUGGAUUAAAAGAUAUGCUGACCAUCGAAAUGAUGAGGAAAUGUAUAUAAAUAUAAUACAAAAUUUCUUUACAAAUAACAAUUCAUCUGAUAUGUCAACAAUUAAAAUAUUUACUAUUAACAAUAAAAAUGUUUUAUAG